AGAGGAAGUGAACAGAAGCCCUGCCUUCCACCUCCGGACGCGGAACCUGUCUGCGUUGGGAACCUGGUCACCCUCUAAGCUAGUGGGCUCCAUUUCCUGGUUUGAAAAGAAGCAGCGGGGAAGGCAAGGAAGAAGAUGGAGUCAGAGUUCCUCUACGACCUGUUGCAGCUCCCCAAGGAUGUAGCUCAGCCCAUGGAGGAAGAGCUUCCACGAGGAGGAAAGAAGAAAUAUCUGUCGCCCAAUUCCAAGAGGAACCCCAAGUUUGAAGAACUGCAGAAGGUGCUGAUGGAAUGGAUCAACGCCACACUCCUCCCAGAGCACAUCGUGGUCCGCAGCCUGGAGGAAGACAUGUUUGAUGGACUCAUUCUGCACCACCUGUUCCAGAAGCUGGCAUCGCUCAAGCUGGAAGUGGAGGAAAUCUCUCUGACCUCGGCCAGCCAGAGGCACAAGCUGGGGGUCAUCCUGGAGGCCGUCAACCAGAACCUGCAGGUGGAAGAGAAGCAGGCCAAGUGGAGCGUGGAGACCAUCUUCAACAAGGACCUGCUGGCCACCUUGCAUCUCCUGGUGGCCCUGGCCAAACGCUUCCAGCCGGACCUGCCCCUCCCAGACAACGUCCAGGCGGAAGUCAUCCACAUUGAGAGCACCAAGACCGGCCUGAAGUCGGACAAGCAGGUGGAGCAGCUCACAGAAUGCAAGUCACACAAGGACCAGCCUUUACAGGACGCCUUUGAUGAAUUAUUUAAGCUGGCUCCGGAGAAAGUGCACGCCGUCAAAGAGGCCAUUGUGAGCUUUGUCAACCAGAAGCUAGAGCGCCUGGGCCUGUCUGUGCAGAGUCUGGAUACCCAGUUUGCAGAUGGCGUCAUCCUGCUCCUGCUGAUUGGACAACUGGAAGGCUUCUUCUUGCAUCUAAAGGAAUUCUAUCUCACUCCCAGCUCUCCCACAGAAAUGCUGCACAAUGUCACCCUAGCCCUGGAUCUGCUCAAGGAUGAAGGCCUGUUCAGCUACCCUGUCAACCCUGAAGAUAUUGUGAACAAGGACGCCAAGAGCACACUGAGGAUACUUUACAGCCUAUUCCAGAAGCAUUCACCGAGGGCGGAGGGUGGAGGGGCACACCACGCUACCCCAAACUAGUCACCUCUACCUCCUCCAGCUGUUUCUCAGGAGCUGCCAUCUCUGAAGGACCCAGCCAUCAGAGCUCUUCCCAUGCCAACCUUGUUACUGUGGCUUGGUGACAUGUUUCCUUCCUAUACCUUUGACCCCUGCUUACCUUUGACUCUACCAGAUGGGGACCUAUUUUGCGCCCACCCCUGCUUUGCUCCGUGCAUUUUGACAGUGUAUGAAUUGUAUUUAAGUGGAUGAGGGGCCCUGCAUGCCUGUGAAGUCCUGGGUUAGCCUUUAACUGUGGUGGAAAAGAGUUUGGUUCCCAGGGGAGACCAGCCCUCAUCAGCAUCCGGUCUGUCUACUAAGGCUAUACCUUGGUAGUUAGUGGCUGCUCAGACUCCACAGAGCUGACCAUCCCUAGCUAGAGGCUCUUUGGGAUUAAGGCUGAUGGUCUCAGGCCAUGGUCUCUGUAUACUUAGUUCCUGGCCAUCUACCCCCACCCCCCACUGGGGUGAUGAGGCCAGGACUAUCACCCAAACACCAGAGCCCCAUGUGGGAGAAAAGAGUUCAGAAGACCCUGGCCAGGCUAUCCCUACAGCUGCUGUCCUGAGCUCAGCCCUGAGCCCCAGGGAAGAGAACCUGGAGUUGGUUCUUGGGUUCAGGUUAACCCUGGUCUACAUUCUGUCCCGUGAGACUUGGUGUCUUCUGGAAAGAGAGAGAAACAGCUGAAUAACUGAGCUGGGUCCAGGGAGGAGAAGAAGUUGUGGGAGGAGAUGCAAGUCAUGGGGUUCAGGGGCACAGAGACAUAGGGGUGUAGGGAUUCAGGGGUACAGGGAUUUAGGGAGGUUAGCCUAGCUGUUCCGCUUCUGGACUUUUCCCUGCUUACCCAGCUCUAGGACCCUGCGAGGAACGUCUUUUAGGUUGGGGGGGGGGUAUAUAGCCGAACAGCUUUGCCUUUGGGGGAUUUUGGAGCAGAGUCUGGCCAGGGCAGAUCACCCCUACAACCACAGUCGGUGGAGCUAUGUGUUCUGGGGCUCUGGUGUCUGAUGUGAGGAGGCCUGGGGCUUUUCUCUACCCAGCUCCAUUCCACUUGUCUUUUUGGCCCUAGGCAGGCCACUCAUAAGUGUUAGAGGGAUAUCUCCUGUCCUGUUACCUCUGGGACAUGUCCCUCUUCUGUAUCAGGGGCAUCCUUAUCGUAGCUGGGGUCCAGCUAUCUCUUUCUGCUUAGGUAAUCCUUCCAUAGAGACCUUCCUCUGUGCCCCAUCUCUUCUCUCUGGAGCAUCCUGAGCCAUGAUACAAGCUUGAGCCUCUCUGCUCCUUACUGGAUGCUUGGCAGGUCAAAGACGGAGUCCACGCUCCCCUCCUAGGCUCUUGGCUCUCCCUCCCUCUUUCUUCCCUGCUUGCUUGCCCUCUUGGCCCCUCCAUGUCCUCACCUCCACCUCCUCACCUCCUGUCUCAUAGGAGAUUUGAAUCAUAAGGAGAAUCACUUUUUGUAACUUUAUUGAGGAAUAAAUAACAUUUCCCAGUUUAAA